AUGAGAUCGUUGAUUCUGCCGGAGCUCAGCUCGGAUUUCAGAUUCUCGGCGAAAUCGUGCGUCCGCCGCACAAUCGGAGAGAUUUUUCCCCAAGUCUCGAGGAGCCACGGCGUUUCCGAGAAGAUUCCGAGGCUCGAGGAUUACGCCGUUAGGCUCCGAGAUGAGAUGAAGAAGAUCGACGCAUUCAAGCGCGAGCUUCCUCUGUGCAUGCUUCUCCUUCGCGAUGCGAUUGUAGCGAUUGAAGAAGAAUUAGCUCUCUGUAAGAAAUCAAAUGCUGAGCCUGUGUUGGAAGAAUUCAUACCACUUAAAAAGAUCUGUAAAGAUGAAGAAGUUGAUAGGGUCGAGAGCCGUCCGGAUAGUGAAAUUAGCUCCAGAGACAAGAUGAAUUGGAUGAGCUCUGUGCAGUUGUGGAACUCCACCAGUCAUCCUUCUCCUCCUGAUACUGAUCUCAACAGUGACAAACUCACCUUAAAGCUCGAUGCCAACAAAAAGAGAACGGAAGAGGAAAUGAAUCGGCCAGUGAUGGAUAAUUUGUUUCAAAAUGGUAAAAUUGGGAAAGUGAUGAUGAAGCCUUUGGUGCCCUUUACGGGGUGUACUAAUUUUCCGGUGAUGUCUAUAGGGAAAGAGGAUAGGCAAGUUCCUGCUCUUUCUUUAUGCACACCCGAAAUGAAAAGCUCAAGUGAAGGAUUGAAUCAUAUUGGUUUCAGUCUGAAAUCGUGUCCCAGCCGAUCAGGAUCCUCUCCAGAUGCUAAUGUCCCAUCGAGUUUAAGGAGUGUACAGCAGCAUCAAUCUGGUAGGAAGCAAAGACGCUGCUGGUCGCCUGAUUUACAUCGCCAGUUCAUCAAUGCCCUGCAGCAGCUUGGAGGCGCUCAAGCCGCUACCCCGAAGCAGAUUAGAGAGCUUAUGCAAGUUGAUGGCCUCACCAAUGAUGAAGUGAAGAGUCAUUUGCAAAAAUACCGUCUUCACAGUCGAAGACUCUUGGCAAACUCCGCUUCUCAAUCUGUUGGUCUGUGGGUGCCUGAAGAACAUUGCAAGCCUUCACAGUCGGGCUCGCCAGAAGGCCCGCUCCAUUUGGAAGGCAAUUCCGGAGGAAAUGAAGAUGAAGACGACGAGAAGUACUGGGGGAGAUAA